GACUUGGGUUAGUGUGUGAACGGCAAGUCUAAUCCCAAAACGGCAGUCACUUUUAGGGUUUAUAGGGAAAUUUGAACCCUGACGUUGGAUUUCAUUUCGUUUGACAUUUGCAGUGGCAAUAGCAAUGGGAUUCUGGGGGAUUGAAGUGAAACCCAGCAAACCGUAUCCUUAUCAUGCAGACAAUGUGCGAGGAAAGCUUCACGUGACUCAGGCUACUCUAGGCGUUGGCACAUCAACAGAGAAAAGCAUUCUUCAGUGCUCUUCUGGGCACAAAAGUCCAGUCUUCUUGUGUUCAUUGCUACCAAAUAACAUUGAGUCAUGCCCUUUGAAUCUUGAGUUUGACGAUGAUGACUUAGUGGCAUUCUCAGUGAUUGGUUCACGAAGCAUCCAUCUUUCUGGUUAUUUUGUGGCUGAUGAUGGGGAUGACCUUAGGGAUGACUAUGAAUAUGAUUCGCUGGGAGAGGAUAUUGAAGGUACUGAGUCAGAGGAGUCAUCUGAAUUUGAUAGUGAAGAUGAAUUUGCUGAUGACUUUAUUGAUGAUAGUGAUAUUGACAUGUACCCAUCUUCACCAGUUCCAAACAGUGGAGUUGUGAUUGAGGAAAUAGUAGAUGAUGAUAGACCUGAAAAUGGAGAUGAUCUAACUAAGCAAUUAAAGAAAAAAAAACAGGAAGCUCAGUUGAAAGAGAAAAACAGCAAAAGUUCUGAACUUCCAAUUGUCGUUGGGGGUGAGGCUGACCUUGUUCUGGAAAGUGAAGAUGAAGAUGGUUUUCCGAUUUCCGCUGCAGAGAAAAGUAAGUCUGUUUCUCAGAAUGCAGAGGCAGAAAUGAAAGGAGAACAAGCACAUAAGAAAAUUGAGAAAGCCAAUAAGAAGGGAAAAGAUGUUGAUCAUUCUGCUAGCUUAAAACGAAAAAUUGAAAGUGCUGAAGAAGAUGAGCAGCCACAAGAUGGGAAAAAGAAGAAGAAGAAGAACAACAAGUUGAAAGAACAUGGUAAAGGGGAAAGUGCUCAUGUGUCUGGCAAUAGCAAUGAGACAAUUAUUGCUACACCUGAUGAAAAGCAUCCCAAGGACGGUAAAACUACAACCAACCUGAACAAUGUUUCUCAUGCAGAGGAUGAGCAUGAUGGAAAGCCUUUCAAUAAUGAGGUCCUUGUUGAGAAGAAGAAAAAGAAGAAAAAGACCAAAGGAUCUGAAGGGGUAGCUGCUGGGAAUCAAAUUUCUUCAUCUGCUGAAAAUAAGAAUUUGUCCACCCCAGAGAAAAAGGGGAAGAAACAAACUGAAGCCAAACCAUCUCAAGUGAGAACCUUUUCUAAUGGAUUGGUUAUAGAGGAGGUAUUUAUGGGUAAACCUGAUGGCAAAAGAGCUGCUCCUGGAAAGAAGGUCAGUGUUAAGUAUAUUGGCAAACUGAAAAAAGAUGGGAAAAUAUUUGACUCAAAUGUGGGAAGAGCGCCCUUUAAAUUUCGCCUUGGUGUAGGACAAGUUAUCAAGGGGUGGGAGGUUGGGGUCAAUGGGAUGAGAAUUGGGGACAAAAGAAGGAUCACAAUUCCACCAUCUAUGGGAUACGCAGACAAGCGCGUUGGGAGUAUACCACCAAAUUCGUGGCUUGUAUUUGAUGUGGAGUUGAUUGAUGUUGAUCGCUAACUUCUUCUUUUAUGUGCUACAGUCCAUGUUUCCUUUCUAGCCUUCACUGUUUCAGCUGCGAAAUGGUCUGGUCCCAUCGUGUUGAGAGAAUGUUAGCCUCACAAACAUUUUACCCCUUUUUAGUCCGAAAUGGGUCCCUUGGGACUGUAUUCGAGCUAAAAUUUUGUAGGAAAUUUUGGAUGGAAUUAGGGAAUUCCCAAUUUUGCGCAUAUACACAUGCAAACAUAUAGUUAUUGUUUGCUUUCUUUAUCAAUACUGUUCAGCGCUUUCGAGAAUGCAUUUUGAGAAUGAUUUAAAUUUGGGC